CUCAUUUGCAUGGCCCCUGACGCCAUGUGACGCAGCCGGCUCCUCCUAUAUAAAGAAGCAGGAGCCGAAAUAUCUCCGAGUCUGGGUUGGACUGGCGGCUGUGGAGUUUGUGACACACUAGGUGACACCCCUCGAGUCACUUCCCUUCAACCCUGAAGCGCCUGCCUGGCUUCGGGUCCGAUCGGCAGCCUUCGCCCCCCUCGUAGCCCCCGGGGCCCGACUCGCAGAGCCCAGCCCCGUGCAGCGCGCCAGCGCCCGGCAGCCGCCCAGCCCGCCCAGCCCGCCCAGCCCGGCCAGAGCUCCGCGGCCGCCCGAGCCAUGAACGCCGAAAUGUAUCAGACCCCCAUGGAGGUGGCGGUCUAUCAGCUGCACAAUUUCAACAUCUCCUUCUUCUCUUCCCUGCUUGGAGGGGAUGUGGUUUCCGUUAAGCUGGAUAACAGUGCUUCUGGAGCCAGCGUGGUGGCCAUAGACAACAAGAUCGAGCAGGCCAUGGAUCUGGUGAAGAAUCAUCUGAUGUACGCAGUCAGAGAGGAGGUGGAGAUCCUGAAGGAGCAGAUCCGAGAGCUGGUGGAGAAGAACUCCCAGCUGGAGCGCGAGAACACCCUCUUGAAGACCCUGGCGAGCCCAGAGCAGCUGGAGAAGUUCCAGUCCCGUCUGAGCCCCGAGGAGCCGGUUCCCGAAACCCCGCAAGCGCCCGAGGCCCCCGGUGGUUCUGCGGUGUAAGUGGCUCUGUCCUCAGGGUGGGCAGAGCCACUAAACUUGUUCUACCUAGUUCUUUCCAGUUUGUUUUUGGUUCCCCAAGCGUCAUCUCACGUGGAGAACUUUACACCUAGCGUAGCUGGUGCCAAGAGAUGUCCUAAGGACAUGGCCACCUGGGUCCACUCCAGUGACAGACCCCUGACAAAGAGCAGGUCUCUGAAGGCUGAGUUGCAUGGGGCCUCGUCACCUCCCCCCCCUCCCCGCCAGUGAGCCUCUCAUGCCACCGUGCCCUGGGGGCUCCCAGGGCCUGGGCAACUUAGCCGCAACUGGCAAAGGAGAAAGGUAGUGUGAGAUGUGACGCCAGUUUACUCCAGAAAGCAUAAGGGGUCUGUUUUUUUCAUUUCUAUGGACAUCUUCAGCAGCUUCACCUGACAACGACUGUUCGUAUGAAGAAGCCACUUGUGUUUUGAGCAGAGGCAACCUCUCUCUUCUCCCCUGCCUGGCCAAGGCAGGGCCACAGAUAGGAGAGAUUGAGCCAAGUCCGCCUUCUGUUGGUUAAUAUGGUCUAAUGCAUGGCUUUGUGCACAGCCCAGUGUGGGAUUACGGCUUUGGGAUGACCGCUUACAAAGUUCUGUUUGGUUAGCGUUGGCAUAGUUUUUCUAUAUAGCCAUACAUGCGUAUAUAAACCCAUAGGGCUAGAUCUAUAUCUUAGUGUAGCGACGUAUACACACACACAUACACCUAUGUGUUGAAGGGCCUAACCGGCUUUGGGGGUAUCAACUGGUCCCUUAUCUCUUCAGGCUAAUUCUUUGACUGUCAUUUACCAAGUUGAUGCAGUUCGUCCUUUAUGUUAAGUAAGACUACAGAGUAAAGGCGGGGACGGGCCAGCCUCUGAACGCAGCCGCCACGGAUGCCUUGCUGCUGCAGCCCUGGCCCCAUCUGUCCCCUGAAGACAUGGGAGGCCCCCUUUCGAAUGCCAAACCCACCAUUCACUGGUGCUGACUACAUAGAAUGGGGUUGAGAGAAGAUCAGCCGGGGGCCUUCACAUUGUCAUGCAAAAACUUUUGUUUCAUUAUGUUUGUGGAAAAUUCUCAAGUGAACGGAAUGAUUGGCUUGCUGGUGUCCCCUUGUGGACAAGGGAUGGACAAGGGGGUGGCUUUGACCCAACUGGUGCCUGGGUGAUGUGCUCAGGGAGUUUGUGUCUGGGGGGAGUUCUGAGGCAGUGAACACUUUCCACUUUCUGACACCUUAUCCUGAUAUGUCUCCAGGAUUUGGAUUUUGAUUUUUCAAAUGUAGCUUGAAAUUUCAAUAAACUUUGCUCUUUUUUUUUUUU